AUGGAACUGAAACUGGAGGCAGAAUGUGGAGAGCAUUAUGACAUUUUUCUUUUGAUUUACCGCUUUUGUAAGAAGUGGCGCAUGUACCCAGAGAAGUAUGAAGAUAAGAGCCAUUGCAGUACAUUGAGCUCCAUAGAGACAGCACUGGGGAAAGUGAGAGUUUCAGUCAACUUCUCAGAGUUUUCUAAGAAGUUCUCAGAGAGGUGGAAGAACAUGUCUGCUAAAGAGAAAGGAAAAUUUGGCCAGGCACGAGGAAAAUUUGAAGAUAUGGCAAAGGCGGACAAGUCCCGUUAUAAGAGAGAAAUGAAAACCUAUAUCCCUCCCAAAGGGGAGACAAAAAAGAAGUUCAAGGAUCCCAAUGCGCCCAAGAGGCCUCCUUCAGCCUUCUUCCUGUACUUCUCUGAGUAUGGCCCAAAAGUCAAAGGAGAACGUCCUGGCCUGUCCGUUGGUGAUGUUGCGAAGAAGCUGGGAGAGAUGUGGAAUAACACUGCUGCAGAUGACAAGCAACCUUAUGAAAAGAGGUCGGUGAGGCUGAAAGAAAAAUACGAAAAGGAUAUUGCUGCAUAUCGAGCUAAAGGAAAGCAUGAUGCAGCAAACAAUGGAGUUGUCAAGGCUGCAAAAAGCAAGAAAAAGAAGGAAGAGGAGGAAAAUGAGGAAGAUGAAGAGGAUGAGGAGGAGGAGAAAGAUGAAGAAGAUGAAGAUGAAGAAGAUGAUGAAGAUGAAGAAGAAGAUGGUGAUGAUGAACGAGCUGGUUCUAGUGCAGUUUUUCUUUUGUCUAUAAAGCAUUUAAUCCCCCUGUACACAACUCACUCCUUUUAA